AUGACCCCUAAACCACGAUCUAAGACAUUUACAGGUUGCUGGACAUGCCGUUCCCGCAGUGUCAAAUGCGAUGAACAGCGUCCCUACUGCCUACGGUGCUGUCGCAGCGGGCGAUCAUGCCAAGGAUACGGAGUGCGGUUGGGAUGGACUAAUUCCACGGGGAGUGUAUCACAGCGACGGUUACUACGCUCUUCAACUCGGACUGCUUCAGAGUUGUCGCCGUCGGCUGUGACGGCUCUUUUGAGUGACUUAGAUAAUUCUUCUGGGACAUCGAUCGCCCAGCGAGGGCCAUUCUCUGUAUUUUCUGUCUCUGUGUCGGAAGAUUCAAGCCGAAACGGUCGAGCCCAAAGCCCCCGUGAGUGGUCCAUGGAGAGCAACGAAAGUAGUCUCCCAAAUCCAUAUGCUGUCUCUGUUCCAGCAUCACUAGGGGUAUCAUCGACGGCGCAACAAUCGCCUAUUCCGGAGCCCCCGGAAUGCGUACUGGGUGAAGGGUCACCUAGCGAAACUGACGAGACAACGCCACAUAUGGCGCGUAGACAUUCGGUUGAUGGCUGGAUAGUAGCCACAAAUAGUACGAGUCGGAAGCGCUUGCCAGCGAUAAUGCAUCCUUCAUUGCCAUCUAAUACCACCAACAUGACGACUCCUGAGAUCGAAUUGAUCCAUCAUUGGGUCGUCUUCCUCAGUGGAAACUUGCUUCUCAUUGACUUGGCUGACAAUCCAUGUCGUACUGUCUUCAUGCCGAUGGCUUUAAAGGGGCUGAAUACUCCCCCAUCAGAGUCAAACAUGCACCGUGCCGUCUUCCAUGCCCUUUGCGCAGCUUCCGCAUUUAGUCUCUACCACCUUCGUAACGAAUCAAAGUACCAGUCUCUUGCAUUCCAACAUGAUCAAAAUGCCCUACAACAUCUGCGUCAGAACCUCCACCUGGGAAAUCGAGUAGACGAGACAACUCUUGUUGCUAUAUUGACUUGUAUCGCCGCCGAAGCUAUGUCCGGCCGGCGCAGUCGAUGGAGAGCUCAUGUUGUUGGCGGACUAGGAAUGCUGGAAAAUGGAAUCGAUGGCGAGUGGAUACGUUCGCCAACAGCCGCACGCUUACUCCACAGUUACUUGUCUCUCUCGUCACUGUGCAACUUUCGAAUGUCGACUCAGUUAGUGGCGCUCCUCAAAGAACUCCCGGACUUACACAGUUAUCUAGAGCGAUCACACGGUGUUUCACAUUCACUUGUGCAAUUUCAGGCUGAAAUCUCUGUCCUCAGAGAUUCGCCUGGUCAGGCUACGGCUGCGGAUUUGGAUCUCCUGGAGUUGCAGCUCUAUCUUCAUUUCCCGAGCCUUCACCCUCAAGAAACACCCGAGUCGGCUGUCAUCCAGCAUGCCCUGAACUCUUUCUACUACGCAACAGUCGUUUACUUUCGCCGCACUCUUCGCCAUGUUCCCGUGGCAGAUGUUCAGGAUCUCGUGGAGAAAGCAGUACGAGACCUUGAAGCUACCGAGGCUUUGACAUAUGAGAGAGGAGGGUGUGCCUACAAUUGGGCAAGCUUUGUGGUAGCCGCAGAAUGCAGCCGGCCGGAUCUCCAAGAAAGGAUGCUCGCCCUGUUUGACCGUAAACGUCGACACGGAAUUAAAAACACCCAAUCACUAUGUGAAAUCAUUACAACUCUAUGGCAUCGACGAGCAGCUGCGCCUGGGGCAAAUAUCCACUGGGAAGAGAUUGUUAAUGAGGCUGACUUUGAUAUCAUGCUCGUAUGAGAAUAUAUUGCAGAUGGCCAUCAACUAAAUGUGUACGUAGAAUUUCCCUUCUACCUGGCAUAGGAUGCGUCCAUUUUACACGGUAUAUCCGCCAUCUACUACCAAUGCAGAACCACACAUGUAACUGCUCAUGGGUGAUGCAAGAAAUAAAAU